GUGGGAGGCCGGCCGAGUCCGAGACAAAGCCCGGCUCGCGCUUCCUGCUCCUGCUUUCCACCCACUUCCACCGCGCGUUCCUCUGGCCGCCGCCGCCGCCGCCGCCGCCUGCUCUCCCUGGGGGCUCCCCCGCAGCUCCGAGAGGAGGAGUUCAGUGGAGCUUUCCCAGAGAAAACGUCAACUUCAACCAUGGAAGCCCAGUGCCUCGAGAGAGGGAGUUUUUUUAAGCUAAUUGACACAAUUGCUUCAGAAAUCGGAGAACUGAAACAAGAAAUGGUACACACAGAUCUGGUGCUUGAAGAUGGACCCACCAGUUUACAAAGCCUAGAGAAAGAUAUGGGUGAUGUAUGUCCGGAUCAAAAAGGUUUUAAAAAUAUCAUACGAGAUUCUGGAUAUGACAGCCUUCCCAAUAAGCUCAGCAUACUAGAUAAACUUCUUCAUACGCACCCUGUCUGGUUACAGCUUGGCUUGAAUGAUGCUGAAGCAAUGGAUGUUCUACAGUCCCAACCUCCUGGAACAUUCCUUGUUAGGAAAUCCACAAGAAUGCAGAAGAAAGUCUUAUCUCUACGUCUACCAAUUGACUUUGGAUUGUGCCUUAAAGAGUUUGCAAUAAAAGAGAGCACAUAUACCUUUUCCUUGGAAGGCUCUGGAAUAAGUUUUGCUGAUUUAUUCAGGCUCAUUGCUUUCUACUGUAUUAGCAGGGAUGUCUUGCCAUUCACCUUGAAGUUGCCUCAUGCUAUUGCAACAGCAACAACAGAGGCUGAACUUGAAGAGGUGGCACAGCUGGGACUGAAUUUUUGGAGCUCUCCAGCUAACAACAGACUGCAAAAUCCCUCACCCCUCCAGAAGCCUCUGCCUUCAGACAGCCUUUGUAAAAGCUCCCAGCAGCUCUGCCUCAUAAAUGGAGUUCAUUCUAUAAGAACCAGAACGCCUUCAGAACUGGAAUGCAGCCAGACCAACGGAGCCUUGUGUUUUAUUAAUCCUCUCUUCUUGAAAGUGCAUAGCCAGGAUGUCGGUGGAAAUCUGAAAAGGCAGUGCCCAAGAACUCAAGAUGCGAAUGGCCCAGAGAGUUCUCGUUCCCCCCCACCCAGGCCACCCCCACCUUCUAUUCAUAGCCUCCUUGCGAGCCCUCAGCUGUCGAGGACUAUAAACCAGACCAGUCUGCCAGAAACUGUCGACCACAGCAAACACUGGAACUUGGAUGUGCUGCAGAAGAGGCCAACCCCUAUCCCACCGCCUCGCCUGAAGAAGAAGGCACUCUCUUUACAAGCUGAGAGCAACGCAAAGAGCUCAGCAGUAAUUGGACCAGGCCAUAAUUCGGUGCAUGGCUCAGAAACUGCUAGCAUUCCAGGUGGAGCCCCGCCUCAGCAAAACACAGCACAAAGCAAAAAGAGCUUAACUAGACACUCUGACUCACAAGUGCAGUGGAAUGGAGGCAGGCAGAGACUAAGCGACAUGAGCCUGUCCACAUCCUCCUCUGACUCGCUGGAUUUUGAUCGGAGCAUGCCACUCUUUGCUUACGAUGGGGAUACGAACAGCAGCCUGGAAGAGUAUGAGGGGGAAAGUGACCAGGAAAGCAUGGCACCCCCCUUGAAACCCAAGAAGAAAAGGACCAGUUCAUUUGUGCUCCCCAAAAUUGUUAAAUCCCAGCUGCGGAAAAUGAGUGGUGUUUUCAGUUCCUUCAUGACCCCAGAGAAGAGGAUGAUCAAGAGAAUAGCAGAAAUGUCUCGAGACAAGCGCACCUAUUUUGGUUGCCUGGUUCAGGACUACGUCAGCUUCCUACAGGAGAACAAGGAGUGCCAUGUUUCCAGCACAGACAUGCUUCAAACUAUUCGGCAGUUUAUGACCCAAGUCAAGAGCUACUUGUCUCAGAGCUCUGAACUGGAUCCUCCCAUUGAAUCUCUGAUUCCGGAAGACCAAAUAGAUGUGGUGUUAGAGAAGGCCAUGCAUAAAUGCAUCCUGAAGCCUCUCAAGGGCCAUGUUGAGGUGAUGUUGAAAGAGUUCCAUACGGCUGACGGCUCCUGGAAGCAGUUGAAAGAAAACCUUCAACUUGUCCGACAGAGAAAUCCUCAGGAGUUGGGGGUGUUUGUCCCAACACCAGACUUUGUAGAUGUUGAAAAGAUUAAAGUUAAGUUCAUGACCAUGCAGAAAAUGUACUCCCCUGAAAAAAAAGUCAUGCUGCUACUUCGAGUGUGCAAGCUGAUUUACACUGUGAUGGAAAACAAUUCAGGAAGGAUGUAUGGUGCUGAUGACUUUUUGCCAGUGCUGACCUACGUUGUGGCUCAGUGUGACAUGCUGGAGUUAGAUGCUGAAAUUGAGUACAUGAUGGAGCUGCUGGACCCGUCCUUGCUGCAUGGAGAAGGGGGCUACUACUUGACAAGUGCAUAUGGAGCACUUUCUUUAAUUAAGAAUUUCCAAGAAGAGCAAGCAGCCAGAUUAUUGUGUUCAGAAGCUCGGAAUACCCUCCGGCAAUGGCAUAAGCGAAGGACAACAAACAGAACAAUCCCAUCUGUUGAUGAUUUUCAGAACUAUCUACGGGUUGCAUUCCAGGAAGUAAACAGUGGCUGCACAGGAAAAACCUUGCUAGUGAGACCUUAUAUUACUACAGAGGAUGUAUGUCGACUCUGUGCUGAAAAAUUUAAAGUGGACAAUCCCGAUGACUAUAGUCUAUUCCUUUUUAUUGAUGACACCUGGCAGCAGCUGACAGAAGACACCUAUCCUCAAAAAAUCAAAGCUGAACUGCACAGUCGGCCGCAGCCACAGGUCUUCCAUUUUGUUUAUAAGCGCAUCGAUAAUGAUCCAUAUGGGGCCAUUUUCCAGAAUGAUAACAGUGACCAUACUUCAUAAAGCUGGGGCUUCACUGAAAACCUCCUUUACCUGCUGACUGAGGCACUUUCGAAAUUAAGCGGUUUGCAGGGCUUUAAACUGAAUGCCUAGUAAGAACAAGAACAACUGCCAUCAAUGACCGUAAAUAAUGUGCAUAUAAUAACCAAUCGGGCCAGUUCUAUAGUAUGGACAACAGCAGUCUCACAGUGUACAACCACUGGAGCUGAACUUCAUGGAUCACUGACCUUCACAAAUAUACUGCACUAUGUCCAUCUGUAGAUCUGUAUUGGAUUUUAUUCCUAUCCUUAGUUCAAGCACUAUUUUCACUUAAAUAUACAGAUGGCCAGACAUUUUGUAAACUAGAUGGUAGGCUGUCCAUUUCAGCAGCGUACAUACUGUCCGAUGCAGAGCAUCAGUAAACUCUGUUAUAUGGAUGACAACAGCCUUCUCUAAAAUAGUUGUUUUAUUAUUAUUAUUUUACUGAAGGCAACAUGUUUUAUAUAUUUCUUUAAAAAAUAUAGCAGUUGCAGGUAAACUGUCAUGGUUGGUUCUUAAGCUAUUUUUUUAAACUAUAAAAUAUUCUAUAAUUAUGCAUGUGAUUUUUUUAACAUUUAAUAUACAAACCAAAUAAAUCUCUUGCUGGUUUUAGAGUACUACAUUGAACAUUUCUGUAAGGAUUUUUUUUUGCCUUUUUCUACCCUGAUUUAAGGGUUUUUAAAGUAUCAAAGUUCAUUUUUGUACAGAAACAUUGAUAUGAUUCUAUAAGCAAUUUGUAUUUUUCAUGUACAAACUUAUGUAUCACUUUCUGAAUUAUUGUUUAUAUACUGCUAUUUUGAAUAGAGAGAUAAAUUAGAGAGAUGAGGAAUGUGAAAGAGAUGGACAUAGAGACCAAGGUAGUGAGAGGACUUACAGAACCGGAUUUGCAAAUAAAAUGUUUUAGGGGGUCUGUUCAAGACUACUUAAAAAGUUUAGUUGCUCUUUAAUACACAUUAACCAGCAGUGUUGUGCAUAGAGCUGAAGUUAAGGAAUGAGGAUAGCUGAAAGAUGUGGGUGGGGUUUCUCCAGUAGUUCAGUGAAUGUUUGUGGAAUACUGAUUCUACUUCUUGAUGGACAUUGCUAAGGAUAGAAUUGUGAAGAUAUGCCUAGUCUGCUGGUUCAGGCUACUUGUAUAACAUGGGUGAAGGAGGUUGUGAAAGAGUUGAUUUUAAAGUUUAAAAUAUUGUAGGUGUUUAAUUACUGAUUUGACAUCUGUUGUGUUAAAAACAGCAGGAAAAUGAGUUGACUCAUUUAAUGAUUUUAUACACACAGAGGCAGGCAACAUCAAACACAUUUGAUUGUGGCUGAAAAGGUCAAAGUUGUUUACAAUAGGUAUUGAGAUACAAACUAUAGGUUUCUCUCUAUCGGAAGAUAACAGAAAACCAGAAUCUUGGGCCUAGUCUAUCCGUGCACCUGAAUGAGGGGGUAGAGUAGAGUGUACUACUUCAGGUUAUAUGUGUGUGAUGGUAGUGGUAAUGUCACAAUUUUUGGAAGCCCACCUACAAAGAUAUAUACCCUACCUGCAAGUGGAAAACUAGUCUAGCUUCCUCCCUCCUGAGCUAGGGUGUUGCUGUUUUUACUUGCAUUUUUUUACAUGGAGAAGAUUCAAGAAUUGUAUCUCCCACCUGAAGUGGUGCAAUUAUUCAAGUUACCUCAAAGACCUCAUUCAUUUGCUUGUGUAGACUAGGCCUUAGGCUGCACUUUUAACUGUAGUAAUUGGGAGUAAAGCACCACUUAAUUCAGUGGAUCUGACCUUGUAAUAAAGAUGCGUAGUAUUGGACUGUUAGAAAUGGAAAGAUAAUAUGAAAUUCAAUGUGCCAGUUAAAAGUGCUGUGCUAUACACAGCACAAGUUUGUGUUUUGAGAAUCUGGCCUCUUCAGAAUGCAUAGAAUCAUAGAGCUGAAACAUGGUCAACUUCCAAAUGCAUUGGAGACCUUUCUUUCCUAUGCUGAUCUCUUAUACCCUGAUUGUGGUUCCGAAUGAACUACCCAAAAAGCAAACCAGAUCCCCCAACCUUCUAUGCCUAGUUGUCGCAGUCUCUGCAACUGUGAGGAAAAAUAGGGGAAAUGCCUGAUCUUGCACUGGGGUGGGGGAUUUUUCCUGUCCUCAAUAGGGUCACAACAGAACAAUUUAAAUCCUCCAUUAGGUACAACAAUCAAUCUGGGAAAGUGUAUAAUAAUUAUCUUUGUAGAAUAAACAUUAAGGCUUAAAAUUAGCAUCAACAAAUCCAGAUAAUAGAUUAUUUAAAACCAGUGCGUAAUAAUAAGUCCCUUAGUGGUAAGUCCCUUAUCAACAUCCAAAAUUUUCAAGAAUCAGGACUAGUGACAAGGGUAGGCAUGACCUGGUACUGCCAAGGGCCCACAGACAAAAGCCCUUUGGAGUUGCUCUUUUUCACCAUUGCAGUCUGCUUGUUCAUCUGCCUCUCACUGUGGCCCAGACAAUGGUAGUAAUGGCAAAGAGGAGCAGUGGAUGCCACGGUGCACUUGCUCUCUGCGUCUGCCUGUUAAGCAAGCAAGUGGUAGUAAUGAUGAGGCGCAAUAGCAGCUGCUGACAAUAAUGGUGAGAAGUUAGACUCGCUUAGAGAAGGGGAUUAUUUAGGGUGUCUUGCCCAAGGCUCUCAAAAAUCUGGAGCUGGCACUGAUAGUUGGGAUGUUUGUCAAACCAUGUAGCUGCUCUUCUGUGCUAAAUUCUUAAUCACUGUACCUUAAUACUCAAGGGUUAUAAAAAGAAUGUUGGCAUCUGGCUCUACAAGUGUGUUCUGUAUGUAAAGAUCUGUAUGUUUUAUGUUGAUUUGCUACAUUGACAUGUAUAUAUAUUGUAUUUCAUUUUGUAAAUGAUAAAGCAGUAGUUUUGCACAUGA